AUGGCUCUUUACAUGGCUAUGAAUCUUUAUUUUUCAGGGUACAGAGAACCAUGCACACCAUCCGUCGUCCACUUCGACCAGAGCCUACGGCUGUGCCGUUGGCAUUGCCACUCCGACUAUUUUGUUUACCGGGCCGGCAAUGAAAGGCAACCGUCGCUUCAGCGGCUCCUGCGUCCGCAUCCCUUCUUCCACGACGACGACGUUGGUCUACUUAGCCGCGGCCCCCACUACACCGUCGCCGUGUUGCGGCCCGCCACGGGCUCACCGCUCUACGACCUCCACAUCUUCCACACUGAGAACCCAACGGAAUGGAUCCAUCGGAAGGUGUCAGUGACGGAGCCACAGCGCCGCUUCCCGCUGCUGAUCCCCAAGAACUGCGGUCGCCUCCUGUACCACGAGACGAGCACCGUUAUCUCUAUAGGAGGUGAAGCCGGCACCAUGGGAUGGGUCGACCUCUGGCACGGCAUCCUUCUCUGCGAUGUGCUCCGCGACGAGCCCACGCUCCGUGGUGUGCCUCUGCCUGUGCCGCUGGACCUAGUGAGCUGCGACAAUGGCCUGGGCACUGAACUUGGCAACCCAAUCCCCUUUCAGGGUAUUGCUUUCGUCAAGGGAUGUGGUGACAACCCCGAGGACUGCCUCAAGCUUGUUCAUUUGGAAACUAAGACCACUUUCGUCCCGGGUAACAUUGAAACAGGGUCUUUCUCAUACCAAAUGCACGACUGGACGAUCCUCACAUAUACCAACACUGCCAUGACAAGCUCCUGGAACGAUUGGCGCAGGGAUUGCAGGAUCCAAGCUUCUGACAUCACAAUCGACACCCAGAUCAAGUCAGAGUUGCUGCAAUCUGGACUGCUUGGUCCAGCAUCAGGCCAAGCCUUGCACAACCUAUUGGUCUCCCACCCUGCACCACACAUCUCUGCUGCUGCUGAUCAUCAUGGUAUUGUUUACCUGAUGGCCAGGAAAAAAUACCAGCACCCUGAGGGAUGGAUCCUCGCUCUUGACACCAGGAACAAGACACUGCUAGGUGCAGCCGAGUUUGACGUUGAAUGUCUGCCAUUUGCAUCCCACAUGUAUCGCCCUACUGGCAUUGCCAAGUAUAUUAAACCGAGCACAGUUUAUAUUGACUGA